UUUUUAGUUUACAACCGAUAUUUCAUGUAUACGGUCAUGUCGUCGUUGUGUUCGUGUGGGAUUCCUUUGAAUGCUUCAAACAACUUUACGUUGGUAUAAAAACUAGAGAACUACACACACAGCGUGUAUUUCUCAUUGAAGUCAUCAGGAAUGUUGAUUAACUUGAGUGAUUAAAAAGAAUGUGACAGUGUAUUUUAAUCGAGGUUGUGUCAUCAUAUGCGAGAAUGAAAACGAAGCACCCCUUUGCUCUGAUAGGUGACAUAAGAUGGUUGCUAGUGGACGCCUGUAGCGGCAAAGACAUGAGUCAAAGCGGCAAGCAUGCGAACGACACGCUCCACGAGAACAAACGGGAGCGGCGGCGUGGCGCGGCUGGUAGGGCGGCGGCGCUGCGCAGGGCUCCAUCCGACUCUGAUUGUUCCGGUGAGACAGCCUCACUGUCCGCAGACAGCGGUGACAGGAUCGUCAAGCCUCAGGUAGCUCCCCCAAGGAGCGGGAAGUCUCGCAGUCGUCGUCGUGGCAGCGAGUGGGAAGUGCUCGAAGGCCUUAAGGAUGGCCAGCGCUUCGAGAAGAGGCCGGACGUCUUCAACGGGUAUUUGCAUAAGAAGAGGAAAUGGCCGUUAAAAGGAUGGCACAAGAGGUUCUUCGUAGUAGACGGCGGUAUAUUAGUCUACGCGCGUUCACCGGCCGACGUGGCCCGCGGUCGGCUCCACGGCUCGGUGGAUGUCGGUCUGUCGGUCAUCUCGGCCAAGGCUAGACGGCGCCGCAUCGACAUAGACGCGGACGAGUUCAUAUACCACUUGAGGGCGAAAACUCCGGAUGUUUUCAGGACUUGGCUCAGUGUGCUUAAAGCUCACAGGUUGUACCGUCAACACCUCUUAACCUUUGGAGCCAGGGAGUCUGCACCCAAGAUCAAUGCUCCUCUUGACGACCCGGCCGCGACCGACACGUCUUCCCGGCUGGUAAGUCCCACGACAGCCACGAUUAGAGGACCGCAAUUCGUAUCCGGCACGCCCGGCGGACGACUCGCCAGUUGGAUCAUCGAAUCCGGUGGUCCACUGGAGAACGCCUCACGUGAGCUGGGACAAGCUCAGCUGUCCGUACAGCAGCUGCAGAGGCUGCUGGAUGCGCUGGAGAUGCAACAACAAGUCCAUCACGAUACAGACGUGUCACUGGACGGCGCUUCGCCGAACGUGAAGAAGGAUCGCCGCAAGUUCGGUCUCCGCAAGAAGAAGUCGAACAGUAAAUGCGCUUCCAUUGAACUCACCGCUUCGCACAUCGACCCGUCUAACUCGCACAUGGCCCUCUCAGCACUGACCGCGCCUCCAUCCCCGGGCGGCGGUGCGUCGUCCAUACCUAACUCGGCUGCUUCGCUACCCAUAGCAUGUGCCGCGGCAAGACCACAGUCGCUUCCCGGAGCCGAGGCCUUCGGGCCAACCGCGGGGCCGGCCUCGAUCUCCAGUCUGACUCCUGACCACCAGCUGAGGGAAGACUUCACGGUUCUGGCCAAAGAUUUGGUCGCCAGCUUGAAGACCAUCGUCGCCACAAUGGUUUGUGAACGCAGUCGCCUUAGGGCCGCCAUGGAGGCCGCAGACUCGAACGGCUCGGCGGGAGGGUCCGUCGUGUCUGCACUUCGAACCAACCUGACGUCGGCUCUGCAACAGAAUUCUGGUGCGGUUGCAGAGUUGAGGUCCCGCCUGUCCAGGAUCCACCUGGCCUCCGACAUCGCAGAGAUCGGCUCCGUGGGACCUGCUGAUGCGGUGAACCGUCCAUUCCAGCAGUCUCUCAGCUACAGCUCGUCCUGCGUGUCUGCUUCGGAGUUCUUCGACGCGGAGGAGCAUGAAGAUGACGAUCUAAAACAUGAAGAAAUCAUUGCGGCUGAUGAGAGCGGCGUCAUAGAACUGGACGGUGACUCCUCGUCGGAAGCCGGAUCCUUGAGCAGCGAGGAGGGCUCGGCGAGCUCGGACAACUCUGAGGGCGCCACGGGUACGGGGGAGGUGCGGGCGCGCGCGGGGGGCUGGUCGCGGCGCACGCGGCUGCCCGCCCCGCGCCCCGCCGCCGCGGCGCCCACCGUGUGGAACCUGCUCUACAAGAACAUCGGGAAGGACCUGAGCCAGAUAUCCAUGCCGGUCACCAUCAACGAGCCCCUCAACAUGCUGCAGCGUCUAUGCGAAGAGUUGGAGUACUCGGAGCUGCUGGACGCGGCGGCGGAGUGCGGCAGCCCGGUGGAGCGCAUGUCGCUGGUGGCCGCCUUCGCAGUCUCGGCCUACGCGGCCUCCGCGCACCGCGCCGCCUCCAAGCCCUUCAACCCGCUGCUGGCCGAGACCUACGAGUGCAUCCGGGACGACCGCGGCUUCCGGUUCAUUGCUGAACAGGUCUCACACCACCCCCCCAUAUCAGCGUGCCACGCGGAGUCUAGCCGCUGGUGCUUCUGGCAGGAAGCCCGCAUCAAAACCAAGUUCUGGGGGAAAUCGAUGGAGUUCCAGCCGACGGGGCGGGUGCACGUCCGGCUGAAGACCACCGGCGAUCAUUACACUUGGAACAAGGUGACGACGUGCGUGCACAACCUGUUCGGCGGCCAGCGCUGGGUGGACCAGUACGGCGACAUGCACAUCGCCUGUGUCGGCGCCGACAUCACGUGCAAACUCAACUUCGUCAAGGCCAGCUCGUGGUCCAGCAGCCGGCACGAGGUGCGCGGCAGCGUGUCCGGCGCGCACAACGUGCGGCUCGGCGGGCGCUGGUCCGAGGGUCUGCACGCCGGGGACCCGCCCGCCGCCCGGCCGCUGUGGAGACCCGGCGCCAUGCCUCCCGACCAUGAGCUGUACUACGGGUUCACGCGCUUCGCCAUGGAGCUCAACGAGCUGGAGCCCGGCAUGCGCGAGCUGCUGCCCCACACCGACACCAGGCUCAGGCCGGACCAGCGCGCUCUGGAGGAGGGCGACGUCGAGGCCGCCGAGCAGCUCAAGCACGAGCUGGAGCAGGCGCAGCGCGAGCGGCGCCGGGCGCGCCCCGACCACGCGCCCGCCUGGUUCCGCAAAACGGCGAGCGGCGGCGAGGAGACGUGGCAGUUCGCGGGCGAGUACUGGGCGGCCAGGGACAGCGGCUUCCCGAACCUCAGCGCGCCCAGGAUCUGGUGACGUGCGGCUCCGCACCACCGCCUCCCGUCGCGCGAGGUGCUCUGCUAACGGCUUGGCCCCCCGUCGCGCGAGGUGCACUGCUAACGGCUCGGCCCCCCGUCGCGCGAGGUGCUCUGCUAACGGCUCGGCCCCCCGUCGCGCGAGGUGCUCUGCUAACGGCUUGGCCCCCCGUCGCGCGAGGUGCACUGCUAACGGCUCGGCCCCCCGUCGCGCGAGGUGCUCUGCUAACGGCUCGGCCCCCCGUCGCGCGAGGUGCUCUGCUAACGGCUUGGCCCCCCGUCGCGCGAGGUGCUCUGCUAACGGCUCGGCCCCCCGUCGCGCGAGGUGCUCUGCUAACGGCUCGGCCCCCCGUCGCGCGAGGUGCUCUGCUAACGGCUCGGCCCCCCGUCGCGCGAGGUGCUCUGCUAACGGCUCGGCCCCCGUCGCGCGAGGUGCUCUGCUAACGGCUCGGCGCCCCUGCGCCACUCCGGCUUCGUUGGAACCGAUAUUUCGAAUAAUUAUAUUCAAGUCGAUUCUUGUUUAAUACUACUUUUUAAAUCGAUACAUGAAUUAAAAAAAAAAUUGCUAGCUUAGUAGUGAUUGCGAGAUAUUUAAGGAAUUUCAUAACGCGUUCACAAUCUAUUUAUCGACGCUAAACUCGUACAAUGAUUUCGAAUCAACUAUCUUAUUGUUCUCGUCUAGUAUACAAUACUAAUCAUAAAUAGUAUUUGGCUGUGAAUAAUUGAAAACACACUAUAGAUGUUUGGUUCAUUUAUUUUCAUUUACAAAAGCCAAAGGCUUGUGUUUAGCUUCGUGACGGUAAUUAAAAUGUGUUCGGUUUUUAAUAAUGAAAUUUUAAGGAUUUCAGAAGAAAAUUUUGCUUAAUACUAAUUCAUUUUUAAGGUUUACUUAAUACGAACCAAGGACAUUGGGAGGUCGGUAAGCUAAACAAAAACACAAUGCUUUAUAUAUAUAAAUAUAAUUUUAUAAGUACAUUGGACACUAAAGGCAAAAGAUACGUUCGCUAGCAUAUGAUCACACAUGCUCAUAGUGCUCUUGAAGGCUCAACAAGUGGUCUGCGAUGAGCACAAAAGCGCUGAAAACGGAUUACAGCGCCCCCUACCGGUUCUGGCUCACUCACACAAAAUAAACCAUCAAAAUCGGUCUAACUCUAAAAACAUUAAAUAUAUUAAUUUUUUUUUUGCCCUUGUAGGCAGACGGCCCACCUGAUGGUGAAUGGUUACCGUCGCCCAUGGACUUCAGCAAUGCCGGGUGCAGAGCCCAGCCGCUGCCUACCGCUAUUUAUACAUGAAUAUAUAUAAAGAUUACAAAACAAUUACAAUACGCAGUGUUCAAUAUGAAUAGUCACAUCCGACCUUCUGCCCUUAAUGUCGCGCUAUGUAAAUACAAUAUUUAAUUAAUUAAAUUACAUAAAAUUAGUUAAACAGUUCUUUCAAACUUUAUUGUUCCUCUAACCGGGUGGUAUUAAAAGACAAAAACAUUAUGUAUACUGAACUAAUAUUAAAACGUUACGCUACGAUGAAUGCUCACGAGUGCUCACAGAAGCUCACAGAAGCUCUGCCACACCUUGUUCUUAUUCGUUUCGAUCUGUUUUAUUUGAUCAGUCAUUCAAACCAAAUCUUAUAGCAGGUUUUUUUUAUUGCUUAGAUGGGUGGACGAGCUCACAGCCCACCUGGUGUUAAGUGGUUACUGGAGCCCAUAUACAUCACGCAAAUGCGCCACCCACCUUGAGAUAUAAGUUCUAAGGUCUCAAGUAUAGUUACAACGGCUGCCCCACCCUUCAAACCGAAACGCAUUACUGCUUCACGACAGAAACAGGCGGGGUGGUGGUACCCACCCGCGCGGACUCACAAGAGGUCCUACCACCAUUAAUUUGGUUUGAUCGCAUAGGUACGUAAACGUAAGAAAGAUCCCAUUCCAAAAUGCAUCUAUCUCAGAUUUACUUCGACCUUACGAUUUCCGUAUCCGCGAGUGCGAGCGGGAUAGCUAUAUGUCUCCGCGAAAGGGAUGCAAAAUGUACAUACAGCUAAUCGAAUUGGAUUUCAGUGGGUACGCUAACUAAACUGCGUUCAUAUAACUCUGAAAUUUUUAAUUGUUGAAACAUAUACGGGUUUAUUGGUUGUUUUAAUUGUAAUAAGUGACCGGACACACCAAUUAAAAAUAUUCUAUAAAAAAAUGUUAUAAUGAAGUAGACAUGUUAAAUAGGUAUAUGUAUAUGUGGGUGACUCGCAUGUAUUUAUUUAUUUUAUAUUUAUUUCCAAAGUUUUAAAACUUAAAUGGCUCCCUGUAAAGUCGAGAUAUGCCUGAAAUCAAUAGGUAUUUAUUAUGACUUUUUUUGCGUUCUAAGCUAAACACCAAUCGCGGCUCGUGACGUCACAUGUGGGUAACGUCUUACGUUAGUGUUUCGAUCCGUCUUCAGUCCGAUGUUCGCUUCGUUAGCGAAGCAACGUUAAUUAACUGUUGUCCGGUAUCACAUUCAGGUCACAAAUAUUGUAAAUAAGACUAUUUAUUUAUUUAUUUGUAACAAUCGUUUGGUCGGUCUCUGGAGACGCCGUAGCGACAUGUCACAUUAAAAUGACAAUAAACUGUAUUUCAUGUAAAAAAUUAUAUAUACAUAUUUAAAUACGUACCGUCAAUUUGGGUAACUUUGUCCCGCCAUGCGAACAAUUCUGUACGUAUUGUGUCAGUUUUACUGGAUACUAAUAAAAAAUAUGGAUUUUCCGUGGGCUUGAAACAUUUAUUUCAAUAAUAAACCUCAUAUUUAAAAAUUUCAAACUCUAUGGUAUGUAUCCCGUUUGGAAAUCUAUCUAUCUAUAUAUAUAAAAAUGAAUUGCUGUUCGUUAGUCUCGUUAAAACUCGAGAACGGCUGGAUCGAUUUGGCUAAUUUUGGUCUUGAAUUAUUUGUGGAAAUCCAGAGAAGGUUUAAAAGGUAGAUAAAUGCUCGGUAUUAAAUAAAAAUAACAAUUUUGUUUUCCCUUUGAUGUGUCCGCCGUCGGACAGAUUCCUUUUGCUUGUUUUAAUAUUUAUUUUAUACAAAAGUUUAGGUAUUUUAUUUAUCGAUUGAGGCACCACGAAGUCUGCCGGGUCAGCUAGUAUAUUAUAAAUAUGCGCAUUAAAUAGCCCCAUCGCUUGAUACCAGGACGCAGAGUCUUGAGUCUAUUUAGGCCUAUAUGUCUUCACGCUAUGUAAUUAAUUAAUAUUUACGGCACUAGAACUUCUGAAAAGGCUUCUUCGUUUCUUAAUGCGUGCUGGAUAAAUCCGUUUCAGUCUUUAACGAUGUAACGGCCGUCUGGUGUAGUGGUAAGUGACAUGGUCACUACACAAGGGGGUCGCGGGUUCGAAUCCCGCCAAGGGAAGAUAUUUGUAUGAUAAAUAUAAAUGUAUUUCCAGGGUUAUGGGUGUAUAUUAAAUAUAUGUAUGUGUAUAAUAAAAAUAUUAUAUUUAUUUCCGGUAUCUGGUACCUGUAACACAAGUUCUUUACGAACUUAGCACGGGACCAGUUAACGUGGCGUGAUUGUUAGUAAAUAUUUGUAUUUGUAUUUGUAUCAUAUAAAAUGUCUGUGCUGUCUUUCAAGCAUUGUUGGGCAAAUGUAUUUCAUAACAAAGGGAUAAGUAGCAAAGCAUAAGUAGUUCACGAUGUAUGAAAAGAUAUGUAAAAAGUGAGUAAGUGGGCUAAUGUUAAACGGAAAGCUUAAGUUACCCUGAUUGACGGUAUAUUAUGUAGCUUAUAAAUUGUUAAUACUUAAUAAUAUGUAAAAUGUUGAAUGUUAAUGUUUUUCUUUUCUGUUCGAGGCUCGUCCGCCCGCGCUUGUCUUUCGCUCUUAUAAUUGAAGACGCGAGUGAAUGAAGGUGUUAUAUGCCUACAACCCAUAUUAGACCUUAAAACUCCGGGUAUAAAGGCUGUUUUUAGAAAUUGCAUGCGUUGAUGUAAUUACGAAGAACAGAUAUCACGUUGAAUGAAAGUAACUUAUUCACUAAACGCACGUAUUCUUUAAUUUUAAAUGAUUCCAAAAAAGAACCUCCAUAUUGGUAAAAAAAAAACGGAAGAUAAUUAUUCUCCAUAUUGGUAAUUUUCACGUUUAAAAUAAUAAAAAUAACAGCCGCAAACGCAUAUAAUAUCAUAAAAAUAAAUUACAAAAGUUUUUAGUUUUUUCUCAAAAUUAACAAAUUUUAUCAUAUCCCCUUGAUCCACUCAUGUUUUCAAUGCUAAGUAAGUAAGGAGUAAGCUUUCAUUUUGUAAAUAAAUAAUGAGACUUCUGUUAAUUCUUAAGUCUACUAACUCUAGUACGUAAGCGUUUCUCAUAAUGCACCUAAAAAUUGCCUUUACAACAAAAUGUAAUUAUUUACAUUACUUAGAUUUAUUAUUAUUAUUAUUAUGAGAGAAGCCGAAAACCGAAGCAAAUGGAAGCUGAGGGUACAAAGAGCCACAAAGGGCUUUCAAGGACACGACCUUCAGCAAUGAAGUAUUUGACUAAGAAGAAGAUGCUUUUGACAAAAUUGCUUAAGGCAAAUAAAUAAUGCUGUGCGUUGAAUGAAAAGAUACACUAAGAAAUAUGAAUCAAAUAAGAUUUCGUUAACUAUUCCAUUAUCGGCUUAUUGUUUAUUUUUUUUUACAUAACAUAUUAAAAUUAAAACUAUUAAGUUGAACAAAAAAGUCAAUUUCAUAGAAUUAACUAAGCGAAAAUUAAUAAACUUGAAUGCUUGUGAAGGUAUUAUUACCGUUGGAGGCGUUUCCAUUACAACUGUUUGUUGUUUGCUGUUUCUUUACAUAACAUGAAAAAUGUCACCAAAUUCCUUCGGCGGUAGGAUAAAAAAAAAGCUUCAGAGAGAUAUUAUUACGAAUGCAACUGAAGUUGUUAUUUAUUUAAGGGUAACUUAAGGUUGACUUUUGUGUGUCGCCAGCAACGAAUCCAGACGCCGGUAUCGCUGAUGGUGGACAUGAAAAUAAUAGGCAAUGUAUAUCAAAUUUGAAUCGACUUCUCGUUACAUUGCCGGUUAACGAUUUAACGUAACAACAAAGUACUUUUACUCUUUUUUUUUUAAAUAAAUUAAUAUUCUUUGUUUAUAUUGGCAUGUUAUUUUAUCACCCCCGUUUCAGGGGUUGAUAGCUAAACUUUUCGUCUAUGUGUUUUAAGUGAAUUAUAUAUACUGGGUGUUAGGAGACCGCUUCCGAAAACGAAGACAGACGAUAGUACUAAUGACACCUUUGAUGAUAGAGUUAUUUAGACAAAUGCUGUAAAUAUGUAUUUGUGCCGCGCCGCGCCCCUAAGUUCGUUGACCCGAGCAUCAGCUGUUUUUGAUUUUGUGUUUCAUUGCUGGUUUUAAAAAAAAUAAAGUAAUGUAUUUUUUUUAUGAAACUAUAAUGUCAUUUAAGUGUACUAACAUGAUAGAGCGUAAAUAAUGCUAAUAAAAAGUUUUAACAUAUGUAUCUAUAUAUUAAUACGUGAAGCAAAAACUUUGUAUCCCAUUUUACGAAAAUUGCGCGGACGGAGGAGUAUGAAAUUUUCCACACUUAUAGAGAAUAUAGAGAAGAAGUGCACAAUGCUAAUAUUUUUUUUAAAUAAUGCAUAAAAGAUACAUUAAAUCAAUAAAGAAAACAUUACACACACUACAUACCAUGUAUUUAGCGCACACACGCAUGCAUACUAUUUAUUGGCAAACUUUUGUUUUCGACGUCUGUUGUCAAAUUGAGAUUAAAUAUUGUUUGUCUUUGAUAAUACUUUUUAUAGUGUAGUCUUGGCGAAAUUUGUGAUUAUAGAAGUAUAAAAUACAAUCACAAUAGUGUACAAACUUACAAUUCCAAUUAAUUAUAGUCGAAUUUCGACUACUGCGGAACCUCUAGUUUUUUAUUUUCCGUCCCGUCAUCAAAGGUGUAAUUAAUACUAUCAUCUGUUUUCGUUUUCGGAAGCGGUCUCCUAACACCCAGUAUAUUGAUAUCGGCUGGGGCUCUUCUAUUAUCUAUUACUAAAAUAACAUGAAAUGUUAGCUGUAAUCUUGGCUAGUGACUACAUAAUAGGGUGGCUAGAAAUGUUAAUAAACUUUGUUAGUACAAUCUAUUGUUAAUACGCUUUGUGUGUGCCGUUUUGUGGUAUCUGAAAUUAUAACACCUUGGAUUGGUUCCGCGUUAUGAGAAACGCGUUGUAGGAGUAUUAUCGCAUAACGCGCUUCUAUGAUCCCAUAUAACGCGUUAUGUACAAACAUACUACAAUAUAACCAAUGUUUUUACAAUUCAAAAACUAGGAACACAAAUUUAAUUAAAAGGUACGCGAAAUUAAUUAUGAACUAUACAAAUAAUUAUAAAUUUCACCGUACAGAAAUAUAACGUUAGUAAUCCCCGCGUUAUAAGGGGGAAUACCCGUGUUAUACGAGGAACUAAAAUCGCGUUAUAUGAAAAUGCGUUAUAAGAGAGUACCGUGUUAUAAUGGGGAUUAAUGAAUGAAUGAAUGAUUUAUUUUAUUUCAGACAACAAUAAGUCCAUAUGUGUACAUAGAAAUAUACUUAGAAACAUACUUACUUACUAAACAUACUUAAACAUACUGUCAUUGAAACAAACAAAAUUACAAUUAACAAAGCCAAUCAAAUAAAAAAGAUACAUUUAUUAAAAUAUUAAUGUAUAAAUUAAUGUUAAUAUAAAUUAAUGUAUAUCUAUCUGAAAUGUUUGAUAACGCUCACAUAUUCAGGUAAUUGAUGGCAAUAGUGUCGGUCACAUAAUUCACAUAUCACAAAACGGACAUCCGUUUCCUUAUUGAAUUCGUUCGCAAAUGAACGUAUUGAUAAGUAUGUACUUAAUUUUUAGAUAUUCCUAUUUUAUUCAAAAGUUUAUUUCGCUGUAAUAACUAGUUUUAUUAGUGAUAUAAUGUAUACUAAUUGUUUGAUAGUUUUUAAGUGUUUAAUUGAUUAAUGAAUUAAUGAAAUACAUUGUUAAAGAAAAGGCGGUAAAUAAAAUGUUUGUUACAUUACAAUAAAGAGUACGACACGCAGAGUUUCGUUUAAGGUUUGCUUUCAAACUUAAUGAUGUAGAGCCUAGUAAAUGUGUUAUACACCACUGUGCUUGGUACGAGUUUUUAACGUUCUCGAUAACGUAAAAGUUAACUCAAUUUUGUAUGGAGUUGGAACAGCGCCCCUAGCGGCAAACGUAGGCAAACGUUCCAAUUCCAUACAAAUUAGAGUUAACUUUUACGUUAUCGAGAACGUUUAAAAACUCGGACUAAGCACACAGAAGCCCUCCAGGGUGAUGAACCAUAGAAUCAUGUUUUUUAUGUUUCGACAUAAGCAAUGCUUAAAUAAACUUUGGUAUAUGGCUUGGAUUUGGUGAAACCACAAACUAUCAUAUCGUCGUUGUCAAACCAAAAUCUGCUAUGUGCAAAACUCUACUUUGAAUUAACGAGUAAAAAAGGGUGCGUGUACUCAUGUACGCGCGUAAAAAGUUAUACUUUAUUUUUAUUAAAUUUCUUUUUUUUUUUAAAAUAUUAAAUAAUUAAUAAUAAAUAUUUAACGUUAAUAAUUUAGUAAUAUUUAGUAUGAAUUAUAUUAAAUAAUAAUUUUGUCAUUUAUGUUACUAAAAAAUGAAUGCUAAUAACACUUUUUUUUACGAGUGUACGUGCGCGAAAGUUCACCUGCGGCUAUAUUCAGACUCGCCAAGUUACGUCGGUCGUGUUGUAAUGAGCGAUUUAGUGGGCAACUUCAUUCUGUUCAUUUUGUGUCACGGUGCGCGCGCAUCGUAUAAUUUCACUCUCGUCAAUUUUUCAUAAUAAAGAAGUAUAACUUCAAAAACAUUUUCGUAUAAAAUUUUAUAUGAAGGUGGAUUUUUAAGAACUAUAUCAAAUGAAAGCUAUAGAUAAAUAUUAGAGCUAUAGACACAUAACAGUUUUUUUUAUACGGUAGAUAGGGCUGUGAAAUAUACGAAAAGGUGAAAAAGUAAAAAUCUCAAAAAGUGCACAUAGCAGAUUUUGGUUUGACAACGAUGAUAUAGAAAAUAGGCAACUUGAUGAAGUCGAUUAUCAGAUAAACAAAAGGGCCUAUGUAGCGGAACCAGAAGAUGAACUGUCUUCUUAAAUUUUGUUAUUGUAACUUAUUUCGGGGAACAGAAUUAAAGCCGAUUUUCAUAUAUGUUUACCAAGUCUUUUGCUUGCUGCUUAGACGGGACCAGACCCCGUGCAUGUUGCUAUGUGAAGCCGCCACCCACGAUCAUACGUAAAUUACCAAGCUCAUAGACACAGCCCACUGAGUAGCUCGCCGGAUCGUCUCAGUGGAACGCGAUUCCGAUCCGAUGGUAGAUUCCGCGAAGCACUGCUCUUGCUAGGGCUAGUGUUGGCAAACUCUCUCAGUUUGAGGGCGCGAGCUCACCUAUCCGUCCCGGUGUAACUGGAAUAGACUCUUAGGCUACCAGCGAAUAGGCAUGGGAAAAGUAACAUCUCAAACUACUUCGCAGCAGAACCCAGGCAGCUAUUACCUGUUUGGGCCUGGUGACCUACCCUACGAAGGGUCUAAAGAGGGCGGCCUAUAAGCUCACCGCGACAUCUCUAUAGGUCACGCGUAUUCACCAACAAUGCACUAUCAGGGACUUGUCAUUUGACAUUUUAAUCGACAAGAAUGCCGGUAUCGGAUCAUUGAUCGUUCAAAUCAUUACAAACUUAUGUCAAACUCUUCUGUAUUUAUUCGAAAUCGAUGAUUUUUCGGUCUCCUAAAAACAUUGGAACUGAUUUGUGUGAACGAAAAUAUCUUGACGAAUCUCACGCGCGUUUUCCUGUCUAAUACGCAUUAGAAUCUCCUCUUAAGCGGUUCCACUAUGAUAUUGAAGAAAAAUAUUCACGACCAGCAUGUUUUCCAUUGCCCAAAAAUGGAACCAUGCUUUAGAAGACGUAUUUCACCUUUAAAAACCACCAGAACAUCAAGUUAUGCCUAACAGCAGUCUUCGUGGAACAACCUGUGUGCUUAGUGCGAGCUUUUUAACGUUCUCGAUAGCGUAAAAGUUAGCUUCAUAUUUGUAUGGAAUGGGAUCGUUUGCCUACGUUUGCCGCUAGGGGCGCUGUUCCAACUGCAUACAAAAUUAGGUUAACUUUUACGUUAUCAGAACGUUAAAAAACUCGCACUAAACACACUGAAGGAUGUAAGCUAGAUUCGUAAAAUUCUGUACAAAAAAAUUACAUUUGUUUUUUUUUUAUUGAGCACGUAACAAACAUUUUAUUCAGUGAAAAAGACAACACCAAAAUCUAAUAAUUCCUAAUAAUAAUAAUAAGGUUUUUGACAAUACUUGCAGUUUUACUAUUUAUAGAUUUGUUUCUGUAUUACUGUUGUCUAAUGAACUGUUUCAUUUCAAAGAAACUUCUAGAAUACAGUAAGUGCCUUUGUCGAGUUUUCUUUACGAAAAGAAAAAAAAACACGCUAUGUACUUGUUAUGUAUUAUAUUGCACACGUUUAAAUUAUGUACCUACCGAUAAAUAAAUAAAAAUGUUUUUGGUUAAUAAAGAACUUUGAUGUAUUGCAAUAAAAA